ACAAACACUAUAUAUACACAACCGAAUAAAUAAAUAAAUAAAUAAGAAAGAGAAAAUACCAAAAAAAUGGCGAAUAAGGUCGGGCUCUUGGCGUUGGCUGCAGCUUCCCUGGUAGUCAUGGCGAAUGCGCAAGUAGGCGGAAGAACGGAGAUUGCUGACGCAAAGGCAAACAAGCAAGUCCAGGAAUUGGGGAAGUACUGCGUGUCAGAGUAUAACAAGGGGCUGAAGGAGAAGAAAUUAGUCGAGCAGGGUAGCGACAGCGGCUCCAUCACCUUCUCUGAGGUCAUCAAGGCCGAGAAGCAGGUGGUUGCCGGAAUGAAAUAUUACCUCCGCAUCACCGCCACAACAUCUGCCGGCGCCACCAAGACGUUCGAUGCGGAAGUUAUGGUCAAGCCCCGUGCCACGGAGAAGAAGCUAGUUACCUUCGCACCCUCUAAACUGGCUUAGCUUAGUAUAUAUAACUAUUAAUUAGCACCACCUUCAUCCAAUUCGAUCAAUCCGAUCACAUAUACUAUAUUAUGUGUACGUUAGUUAUUCAUCAAUUAGCCGCCCAUCCAUCCAAUAUAAUUCAUCCUACUAUACUUUCUACAUAGGUUUUACACUGAUAAACAUCACUUGUAUUUAAUUUGUCACAUAUAGGUUUUUUCAUUAAUAAAGACUAAUUUAUUAUUCCGUACUUAUUACUAA